UUUGAUUGACUUCCAAAACAGAAGUUGAAGUUAAGUAAAAUGUGGUUUUAACUUUAUUAAGAGAAGGUUACCUUAUACCUUUCAAAAAAAUGGCUCCGUCGUCUGGGGAACUAUGGGGGCACCAUCUUAUGCCGGAGAGUGUUUAUGUUGACUGUCUUCUUCCUAACGGGGUUAUUGUUCCACUCAGAUGUUUGCGGGAUACAUCCCUGGAGAAUAUAAAGAAGGAACUAUGGGGUGUAGCGGAACAGUAUCCAUUGUAUCAUAAACUUCAAGAACCUUCAGCUUAUAUUUUUGUUUCAAUUACUCAGGAUGCUGAAAGAGAGGAGUAUUAUGACGAGACAAGACGUCUUUGUGAUCUUCGUCUGUUCCAGCCCGUUCUUAAGAUUGUUGAGCCGGCAGGAAACAAGGAGGAAAAAAUGCUUAAAUAUGAUAUUGGGGUCGCUCUAGGAAUCCCUAUUCACGAGCUGGACGAUGAAAUGAACAAGAACUCGGAGGUUAUGGAAUUCAGAAAAAAUAUUCUGAGCGUAUGUAAGUCUGCUAUUGAAGAAAGACAAAGGAAUGGGGAUGAAUCACAGGUUUUGUACGAGCAUCCCCCUGAAAUUGAGCAGUAUCCAGAUCUUCCUAAAAGUCUAGCUGAUAAGCUAGAAAAAGGUUCUAUCCUAAUUGCAAUCUGGCAGCUGACCGCUCAGUGCCAGAAGCAGAAAUACACAGUUGCUGUUCUGCCAACAUCAACACCACUAGACGUCAUUAAAGAGGCAAUCUUCAAGUCUAUCAAGAACUCUAAGGAGUACCCCAAGCUUGAGGAUAAGAGGAGGGUAGUGGAACAGUUUCAUGAUCAUUAUUUACUUAAGGUGGCUGGUAGUGAUCAAUAUUUCUUAAAAUCUUGUCCCAUAUCUCAGUAUCGAUAUAUCAGGCAAUGUAUAACGAAGCGUGAGACCCCGCAUUUGAUGAUAAUGUCCCGAGACACUAUUUACAAUAAUAUUACUAAAUUUGAUUCUACUAAUGCUCUUAACCCAGGAUAUUCGAGGAAGAACAUCAGCCAGAGCCAGGGACAGACGGACUCACUCUGGAGGGUUAAUCAUACUUUCAGGGUUCAUAUAAUCAGUGCAAACUACGUCAAUGUCAAGGAUGUGGACAUGAUCUAUGUAAGAGUAGGUAUAUUCCAUGGAACAGAGCCCCUCUGUAUUAUCAAGGAGACAAAGCAUGUUGAUUAUACUAAUCCUAAAUGGGAUGAAUGGGUUGAUCUAGAUAUAAAGGUUCCAGAUAUUCCUCGAUCAGCUAAACUAUGUUUAUCCAUCUGUUCAUCAAAGAAGCAACGUAGAAACAAGGAUAAGGAGGAGACCACAAUGCUGUCCUGGGGGAACAUGAACAUGUUCGAUUAUACACACAAGUUACUAUGUGAUAAGACUCCGUUCUACCUCUGGGGAGUACCUAAAGGAUUUGACGAUUACUUAAACCCUCUCGGUAUCAUUGGGUCUAAUCCUAACACAGACUCUCCUAGGCUAGAACUAGAGUUCGAGAAAAGUGCAAAUCCUAUUCUUUUCCCGGAUUACGAUUCCAUUAAAAACUACGCUUCUUUUAUUAGCAGUCAAUGCAUGGAUAAAAUGACGGAAAGACCGUCUGAAAAGGAUAGGUUAGUCCUCAAGGAUAUAGAGCUACGGGAUCCCUUGUCUGAGAUAUCUGAACAGGAGAAGGUUCUACUCUGGACCUAUAGGCAUUAUCUGAAGAAGAUGCCAAACAUUUUACCCAGGUUGCUGGAUGCUGUAAAAUGGGAGUCUAGAGACGAAGUUUCUGAGGUUUAUAUGUUAUUGGAGGAUUGGAAACCAGUCUCUACGCAGACAUCUUUGGAGUUGCUGGACUGUAAGUUUGCGGAUUUACGAGUGCGAAAGUGUGCUGUAAAAUGGUUGGAUAAAUCACUCUCAGAUGAAGAAUUAGGCCUGUAUUUACUUCAGCUUGUGCAAACAUUGAAAUAUGAACAAUACUUGGACAAUCCUCUUUCUAAACUACUCCUCAGGAGAGCACUUCUUAAUAGAAAAAUUGGGCAUUUUUUCUUCUGGCACUUGAAAUCUGAGAUGUCAAGUCCGUGUCACAUAAUCCGGUUUGGUCUUCUUCUAGAGGCCUUCUGUCGGGGUCUAGGACCAUCCCUGAAGGAAUUGAACCGACAAGUUGAAGCGCUUGACAAACUAACGAAGCUGACAGAUUCCAUUAAAGAGCGAGCUAAUGAACCAAGCGAAAAACGACUAAGGUAUCUGUAUGAACAGAUCUCGAAGAUUGAUUAUAUGGCAAGUUUACAGAAUUUCAGAUCUCCUCUUGAACACACGCUUUCACUAGGUCAACUUGAGAUAAAUAGGUGCCGAGUAAUGGACAGUGCUAAGAAACCCUUGUGGCUGGUGUGGAAGAACCCAGAUCCCCUGUCUGAUAAGAUAAAAGGAUACGAGCUCAACAGUAUCAUAUUUAAGAACGGAGAUGAUUUGAGGCAGGAUAUGCUGACCCUUCAGGUUAUCCGUAUAAUGGACAGUAUAUGGAACCGUGAAGGUCUGAAUCUAAGGAUGAUGCCGUAUGCUUGUCUUGCUACAGGGUCGCAGGUUGGUAUGAUAGAGGUAGUAAGGAACGCUGUAACAGUUUAUCAGAUACAACGACUAGGAGGGAAAUUCGCAGCAAUUCAGGUUGAUAACACCCAGCUGUUUAAAUGGAUUCGGGAGAAGAAUAAAACCUUGCUUGAACAGGCGAUCGAGACUUUUACUUCCUCCUGCGCUGGAUAUUGUGUCGCCACGUUUAUUCUCGGGAUCGGAGACAGGCAUCCGGACAACAUUAUGGUGACCGAGGAGGGUCAAAUUUUCCACAUUGACUUCGGCCAUUUUCUCGGGCAUUAUAAGAAGAAAUUUGGAAUUAACAGGGAAAGGGUACCGUUUGUCCUGCCUGAGGAUUUUAUCUAUGUGAUCAGCGGUGGAAAGGAGAACCCGAGGAAAUCCAACGAGUUUGAGAAGUUCCAGGAGUUGUGUGGUUUAGCGUACAUGGCUUUACGCAAACAUGCAAACCUUCUCAUUACACUUUUCACCAUGAUGCUCCCAACUGGAAUUACAGAACUGCAGAAUAUCAGUGAUGUUGAAUAUCUACGGAAGACUCUGUCAGUUGAAAAAUCAGACGAGGAAGCUCUUCAAUAUUUCCAGAAUAUCUUCAGUGAAGCUCAUGGUGGAAGCUGGAAAACUAAACUAGAUUGGUUCUUUCACGCUAGCAAACAUGGAGUCUGAAUAAUACAAAGUGAAAGAGGAUAAUCAUAGAAGUUCAUCAUUCAAGGAGAGUCGAGCAACUUUUCUUUACACUCAAAUCAAUCAAACUUAAUUUAAUGUUUUUUUAUUAUGCAAGG